UCUGUAGCGGCCGGUCCGAUCUUAGUCACCCAUUCGCGAGCCCUCCAUUUGCCCCACGGCCGCAACUAAUUAUCCUUCAAAUCGCCACGACUUUGCUCUUCCUUCCAUCUACUCCUCCUACCCGCGAACGCCCCCGCCUGCCUCGGGGGUGGACCUACACGUCGUCGACGCAGAGACAUCGACCCAGGCUUCAUAGCCUGAGAUUCGACACCGCAAGAAGCAAUGGCGCCAUCACACUUGCAGGGACUGAAUAUCGUCCAGCCCUCGCCGCCAGCAACACCAUACCUGUCCGACGCAGAUCUCCUCUCGCUCCCCAUACCCGAUCUGAACGCGCAGCUCGAGCUAUGGACGAACCUUAACUUCCAGUCCGAUGAACCUCUCGUCCCCAUCGAGAGGGCGAAAAAUGCGGAGUUAUCGAAGGGCAAGCACGUCGCGGACGAUUACGAUCACUACAACGAUCAGGACGACGAGGGGCGGUCGAGGGGCGGGAUCGCGGAGACGACCGCCCACGAGAACGUUGUCACCCCGACCGUGCUGCCUCCCACCGGUGUCGCCCACAACGGACAUGCCAACCCGCCGGGCGGCGUCCCGGCUGGGACGCAGAUGCCGAUGGACAUCUCGAGCAUCCUCGCGAGCUUCGGCAUCGACCCGUUCAUGGCCCCUGUCAUGCAGCAGCCAGCAAACCAAGCGGCGAACGCCAACUCCAUCGCGCACCUGCUCGCGAUGCAAGCGACCAGCUUCCUCCCUCCACAGCUGAACCCUCAGGCUUCCGUGCCCGCCGUCCAGCCUGCGCAGCCCGCUCCUGCGCAGCCCGCCCAGCAGCCCCAGACGCAGCAGCAGCAGCAGCGACAGCAGUCCCAGACCCCUGCUCCUGCUCCGAAGCGUCCUCGCACUGCUCGUAUGUCCGUCUCGUCGGCCGAUACACCUGUACCGGAGAGUCCGGAGUCGGACGACAAGACGUCGAUGACUCCUACGGAGGACAAGCGACGUCGCAACACUGCGGCGUCUGCCCGGUUCAGGUUGAAGAAGAAGGAGCGCGAGGCGGCGCUGGAGCGGAAGGCCAAGGAGCUCGAGGUGCGCGUGGGGGAGCUGGAGAAGGAGUGCGAGGCGCUCCGCAGAGAGAACGGGUGGUUGAAGGGCCUGGUGGUGGGCGUGACGGGCGCGGGCGCCGUGCAGCAGCCGCAAGGGACUGGCGUCGUAGGCGCGAAGAGGUCUAGAGAAGAGAGCGAAGCUCUAGCGCAGGAUCAAAGUGUAUCGAGUGUCUAAGAGGGUAUAUUGUCAGUCAGUAACGUGUGCCAUUUCGCGUGUUUAUUACCUUUCUCAUUCUACUUGCCUGGUUUUCAGAACGUUUUGUAACCGGUUCCGUCGUUGCCGCGAGCUUGUGUAUACAAGAUAUGUUGCGUAUGUGUAUGGUCCGUAUCAAGUUCAUGCCGGCAUCUCUCCCAGCCCUGUAUCCCAUAGUCGAGUAGUCCAAUCCCAAAUGUUCGACCACA